AUGGAUGAUAAUCCUCGAGUCUACAUUCUACCCAGAAUUCAGAAGCCAGUGGAUUUUCCAUAUCCUUACUACUGUUCUUGUAACCGGAGGAAGCCUUUAUGUCAUAUCUGCUCUCCUCUACUUAAUCUUCGUAUAAGCUCAAAGACAAAAACAACAACCGAAAGUUUGAUAUUGAACAAUCGAAACGUGUAUCAACCCACUGACGUCCCUCUCAUCUCAGCAUUCCAUGUUGGAGGUAUUAUUAAUCCAUCUUGA